GAAAGUGAACAAUGGUCUGUUGAAAAGCACACAACGAAAAGCCCAACAGAUACUUUUGGCACGAUUAAUUUCCAAGAUGGAGAGCACACCCACCAUGCCAAGUAUAUUAGAACUUCUUAUGAUACAAAAUUGGAUCAUCUGUUACAUUUAAUGUUGAAAGAGUGGAAAAUGGAACUGCCCAAGCUUGUGAUCUCAGUCCAUGGGGGCAUCCAGAACUUUACUAUGCCCUCUAAAUUUAAAGAGAUUUUCAGCCAAGGUUUGGUUAAAGCUGCAGAGACAACAGGAGCGUGGAUAAUAACUGAAGGCAUCAAUACAGGAGUGUCCAAGCAUGUUGGGGAUGCCUUGAAAUCCCAUUCCUCUCAUUCCUUGAGAAAAAUCUGGACAGUUGGAAUUCCUCCUUGGGGUGUCAUCGAGAACCAGAGAGACCUUAUUGGAAAAGAUGUGGUGUGCCUGUACCAGACUCUGGAUAACCCCCUCAGCAAGCUCACGACACUCAACAGCAUGCACUCACACUUCAUCCUGUCUGAUGACGGGACCGUGGGCAAGUAUGGAAAUGAAAUGAAGCUCAGAAGGAACCUGGAGAAGUACCUCUCUCUGCAGAAAAUACACUGCCGCUCAAGACAAGGCGUGCCGGUGGUGGGGCUGGUGGUGGAAGGCGGUCCCAACGUCAUCCUGUCAGUGUGGGAGACUGUCAAGGACAAGGACCCGGUGGUGGUGUGUGAGGGCACAGGCAGGGCGGCCGACCUCCUGGCCUUCACACACAAACACCUGGCAGAUGAAGGAAUGCUGCGACCUCAGGUGAAAGAGGAGAUCAUCUGCAUGAUUCAGAACACUUUCAACUUUAGUCUUAAACAGUCCAAGCACCUUCUCCAAAUUCUAAUGGAGUGUAUGGUUCAUGGGGAUUGUAUUACCAUAUUUGAUGCUGACUCUGAAGAGCAGCAAGACCUUGACUUAGCAAUCCUAACAGCUUUGCUGAAGGGCACAAAUUUAUCAGCGUCAGAGCAAUUAAAUCUGGCAAUGGCUUGGGACAGGGUGGACAUUGCCAAGAAACACAUCCUAAUUUAUGAACAACACUGGAAGCCUGAUGCCCUGGAACAAGCAAUGUUAGAUGCUUUAGUAAUGGAUCGGGUGGAUUUUGUGAAGCUCUUAAUAGACUAUGGAGUGAACCUCCAUCGCUUUCUUACCAUCCCUCGACUGGAAGAGCUCUAUAAUACAAAACAAGGACCUACUAAUACACUCUUGCAUCAUCUUGUCCAAGAUGUGAAACAGCAUACUCUUCUCUCAGGCUACCGAAUAACCUUGAUUGACAUUGGAUUAGUAGUAGAAUACCUCAUUGGUAGAGCAUAUCGCAGCAACUACACUAGAAAACAUUUCAGAGCCCUCUACAACAACCUCUACAGAAAACCCAAGCACCAGAGACACUCCUCAGGGAAUAGAAAUGAGUCUGCAGAAAGUACGUUGCACUCCCAGUUCAUUAGAACUGCACAGCCAUACAAAUUCAAGGAAAAGUCUAUAGUCCUUCAUAAAUCAAGGAAGAAGUCAAAAGAACAAAAUGUAUCAGAUGACCCUGAGUCUACUGGCUUUCUUUACCCUUACAAUGACCUGCUGGUUUGGGCUGUGCUGAUGAAAAGGCAGAAGAUGGCCAUGUUCUUCUGGCAGCAUGGAGAGGAGGCCACGGUUAAAGCCGUGAUUGCGUGUAUCCUCUACCAGGCAAUGGCCCAUGAAGCUAAGGAGAGUCACAUGGUGGAUGAUGCCUCAGAAGAGUUGAAGAAUUACUCAAAACAGUUUGGCCAGCUGGCUCUGGACUUGUUGGAGAAGGCAUUCAAGCAGAAUGAGCGCAUGGCCAUGACGCUGUUGACGUAUGAACUCAGGAACUGGAGCAAUUCGACCUGCCUGAAACUGGCCGUGUCGGGAGGAUUACGACCCUUUGUUUCACAUACUUGUACCCAGAUGCUACUGACGGACAUGUGGAUGGGGCGGCUGAAAAUGAGGAAAAACUCUUGGUUAAAGAUUAUUAUAAGCAUUAUUUUACCACCCACCAUUUUUACAUUGGAAUUUAAAAGCAAAGCUGAGAUGUCACAUGUUCCCCAGUCCCAGGACUACCAAUUUAUGUGGUAUUACAGUGACCAGAAUGCCAGCAGUUCCAAAGAAAGUGCUUCUGUGAAAGAGUAUGAUUUGGAAAAGGGCCAUGAUGAGAAACUGGAUGAAAAUCAGCAUUUUGGUUUGGAAAGUGGCCACCAACACCUUCCAUGGACCAGGAAAGUCUAUGAGUUCUACAGUGCUCCAAUUGUCAAGUUUUGGUUUUAUACGAUGGCGUAUUUGGCAUUCCUCAUGCUGUUCACUUACACCGUGUUGGUGGAGAUGCAGCCCCAGCCCAGCGUGCAGGAGUGGCUUGUUAGCAUUUACAUCUUCACCAGUGCUAUUGAGGUGGUCAGGGAGAUCUGUAUUUCAGAACCUGGGAAGUUUACUCAAAAGGUGAAGGUAUGGAUUAGUGAGUACUGGAACUUAACAGAAACUGUGGCCAUUGGCCUGUUUUCAGUUGGCUUCGUCCUUCGAUGGGGUGACCCUCCUUUUCACACAGCGGGAAGACUGAUCUACUGCAUAGACAUCAUAUUCUGGUUCUCACGGCUCCUGGACUUCUUUGCUGUGAAUCAACAUGCAGGUCCAUAUGUGACCAUGAUUGCAAAAAUGACAGCAAACAUGUUCUAUAUUGUGAUCAUCAUGGCCAUAGUCCUGCUGAGCUUUGGAGUGGCACGCAAGGCCAUCCUUUCGCCAAAGGAACCACCAUCUUGGAGUCUAGCUCGAGAUAUUGUAUUUGAGCCAUACUGGAUGAUAUACGGAGAAGUCUAUGCUGGAGACAUAGAUGUUUGUUCAAGCCAGCCAUCCUGCCCUCCUGGUUCUUUUCUUACUCCAUUCUUGCAAGCUGUCUACCUCUUCGUGCAAUAUAUCAUCAUGGUGAACCUGUUGAUUGCUUUCUUCAACAACGUUUACUUAGAUAUGGAAUCCAUUUCAAAUAACCUGUGGAAAUACAACCGCUAUCGCUACAUCAUGACCUACCACGAGAAGCCCUGGCUGCCCCCACCUCUCAUCCUGCUGAGCCACGUGGGCCUUCUCCUCCGCCGCCUGUGCAGUCAUCGAGCUCCUCACGACCAAGAAGAUGGUGACGUUGGAUUAAAACUCUACCUGAGUAAGGAGGAUCUGAAAAAGCUUCAUGAUUUUGAGGAGCAGUGCGUGGAAAAAUACUUCCAUGAGAAGAUGGAAGAUGUGAAUUGUAGUUGUGAGGAACGAAUCCGAGUGACAUCAGAAAGGGUUACAGAGAUGUACUUCCAGCUGAAAGAAAUGAAUGAAAAGGUGUCUUUUAUAAAGGACUCCUUACUGUCUUUGGACAGCCAGGUGGGACACCUGCAGGAUCUCUCUGCCCUGACUGUGGAUACCCUAAAAGUCCUUUCUGCUGUUGACACCUUGCAAGAGGAUGAGGCUCUCCUGGCCAAGAGAAAGCAUUCUACUUGCAAAAAACUUCCCCACAGCUGGAGCAAUGUCAUCUGUGCAGAGGUUCUAGGCAGCAUGGAGAUCGCUGGAGAGAAGAAAUACCAGUAUUAUAGCAUGCCCUCUUCUUUGCUGAGGAGCCUGGCUGGAGGCCGGCAUCCCCCAAGAGUGCAGAGGGGGGCGCUUCUUGAGAUUACAGACAGUAAAAGAGAGGCUACAAAUGUAAGAAAUGACCAGGAAAAGCAACAAACAGAAAGUAGUAUAGUGGUUUCUGGGGUGUCUCCUAACAGGCAAGCACACUCAAAGUAUGGCCGGUUUCUUCUGGUCCCUUCUAAUCUAAAGCGAGUUCCUUUUUCAGCAGAAACUGUCUUGCCUCUGUCCAGACCCUCUAUGCCAGAUGUGCUGGCAACUGAACAGGACAUCCAGACUGAGGUUCUUGUUCAUCUGACUGGGCAGACCCCAAUUGUCUCUGACCGGGCAUCAGUGGAUGAAACCAAGGAACAGCACGAGCCAAUUGCUCACUUACCGGAUGGACAAGGCAAGGCGGAGCAAGUGCUACCCACUUUGAGUUGCACACCUGAACCCAUGACAAUGACCUCCCCUCUUUCCCAAGCCAAGAUCAUGCAAACUGGAGGUGGAUAUAUAAACUGGGCAUUUUCAGAAGGUGAUGAAACUGGUGUGUUUAGCAUCAAGAAAAAAUGGCAAACCUGCUUGCCCUCCACUUGUGACAGUGAUUCCACUCGGAGUGAACAGCACCAGAAGCAGGCCCAGGAUAGCUCCCUAUCUGAUAACUCAACAAGAUCGGCCCAGAGUAGUGAAUGCUCAGAGAUGGGACCAUGGCUUCAGCCAAACACAUCCUUUUGGAUCAAUCCUCUCCGCGGAAACAGGCCGUUUGCUAGGAGUCAUAGUUUUAGAUUCCAUAAGGAGGAGAAAUUGAUGAAGAUCUGUAAGAUUAAAAAUCUUUCAGGCUCUUCAGAAGUAGGGCAGGGAGCAUGGGUCAAAGCAAAAAUGCUAACCAAAGACAGGAGACUGUCAAAGAAAAAGAAGAAUACUCAAGGACUCCAGGUGCCAAUCAUAACGGUCAAUGCCUGCUCUCAGAGUGACCAAUUGAAUCCAGAGCCAGGAGGAAACAGCAUCUCUGAAGAGGAGUACAGCAAGAACUGGUUCACAGUGUCCAAAUUUAGUCACACAGGUGUAGAACCUUAUAUACAUCAGAAAAUGAAAACUAAAGAAAUUGGACAAUGUGCUGUACAAGUCAGUGAUUACCUAAAGCAGUCUCAAGAGGAUCUCAGCAAAAACUCUUUGUGGAAUUCCAGGAGCACCAACCUCAAUAGGAACUCCCUGCUGAAAAGUUCAAAUGGAGUUGACAAGAUCUCAGCCUCCUUAAAAAGCCCUCAAGAGCCUCACCAUCAUUAUUCAGCCAUUGAAAGGAAUAAUUUAAUGAGGCUUUCUCAGACCAUACCGUUUACACCAAUCCAACUGUUUGCAGGAGAAGAAAUAACUGUCUACAGGUUGGAGGAGAGUUCCCCUUUAAACCUUGAUAAAAGCAUGUCCUCUUGGUCUCAGCGUGGGAGAGCGGCAAUGAUCCAGGUAUUGUCCCGAGAGGAGAUGGAUGGGGGCCUCCGUAAAGCUAUGAGAGUCGUCAGCACUUGGUCAGAGGAUGACAUUCUCAAGCCGGGACAAGUUUUCAUUGUCAAGUCCUUUCUUCCUGAGGUUGUGCUGACAUGGCAUAAAAUCUUCCAGGAGAGCACUGUGCUUCAUCUUUGCCUCAGGGAAAUUCAACAACAAAGAGCUGCUCAAAAAUUGAUCUAUACCUUCAACCAAGUGAAACCACAAACCAUUCCCUACACACCAAGGUUCCUGGAAGUUUUCUUAAUCUACUGCCAUUCAGCCAACCAGUGGUUGACCAUUGAGAAGUAUAUGACAGGGGAGUUCCGGAAGUACAACAACAACAAUGGUGAUGAAAUCACCCCCACCAACACCUUGGAGGAGCUGAUGUUGGCUUUCUCUCACUGGACCUAUGAGUACACUCGGGGAGAGCUGCUGGUUUUAGAUUUGCAAGGUGUUGGAGAAAAUUUGACAGAUCCAUCUGUUAUAAAACCCGAAGUCAAACAAUCAAGAGGAAUGGUGUUUGGACCGGCCAAUUUGGGGGAAGAUGCAAUUAGAAACUUCAUUGCAAAACAUCAUUGUAACUCCUGCUGCCGGAAGCUCAAACUCCCGGAUUUAAAAAGAAAUGACUAUUCCCCUGAAAGGAUAAAUUCCACCUUUGGACUUGAGAUAAAAAUAGAAUCAGCUGAGGAGCCUCCAGCAAGGGAGAGGGGUAGAAAUUCCCCAGAAGAUGAUAUGCAACUAUAAAAAGGGAGGAGCAAGAAGAUCCCAGUGCUUGCCCUGCCUGCCAGGAACUCUGUGAUAACAUAGAUUGGUCAACGUGAUGUUGAUUACAUCAGCAUCUCCUUGGGACACGCCUUCUGAGCCUCACAUCUCCUUCUGUUCAAAGGCCUCAUUGGUAUAUGAUCAAUGGGUUCUCCUAGACACUGACCUCUGUCCAGGGCACUUUGCAGCUCCAUCUUCAAGUUCCACAUGAAGACACUUGGAUGAGUCAGCUGGGAAUAUUGUUCUUGUAUACCUCAUUGCUUUAGCUGCUCACUUGGAACCUUGGAGCAGAAUCCUGCACAUUAAAGGAUGGGGUUGGGGGGGAUACAUUUAUUUUAUUUUCUCACUAUGUGUGCAGACUGGACCCCCUACUACUAUCACCCACAGAUUAUAUUUAUGUCUAUAUAUAUGUUCAUAAAAAGUUAUGUGAU